CCUGCGCAUUGUGCUGGUCUCCAUGGCAGGGCCUCGGAGCCAAGACGAGAACAAAUGCUGCUGUGAAGACAUAAUUAUAGCUCUCACACAAAUGAAGUCUAUCAUGAUUUAGUGCCCUCAAAAGGAAGAACUUCAGUGGACAAGAGAGAGCAUUUCUGGGAAUAGUAAAAUGCUUGAGAUCUGAGUUUAAGUUUGAGCUACUGCCUGAAGCUAUUAAAUAAUAGAAGAAAAUGGAAUUGAAUAUACCAGCAUGGAACAGUCUAAUGAUUCAUUAAGAGUCAACCAUAAUGAUUCCGAAGAAUCAAAAACGGAUUCUCAUGUAUUUGAGCAUCUAACCUGCAUGGACUCCAGGGAUCCUUCCUUUGGACAAAAUGGUUCUCCUAGAAUUUUACCCAUCACCUCUCAUGAAGUAGAUAAUUCACUCACAUCACAGAAUAUACCAGGGGCCCUGACUCAGACACAGACUCUUUCUACAGAACAGUUCCAUCUAGUGGACCAAAAUGGGCAACCUAUUCAAUAUGAACUUCAGUCACUGGGGGAGUCUAAUGAACAAAUGAUGAUUGUUCCCAGCCCAUCAGAAAAUGGACAGGUGCUGCGUGUAAUUCCAUCUACCCAGACAGGAAUGGCACAAGUGAUUAUUCCUCAGGGGCAGCUUGUGGAUGUGAAUAGUCCCCGGGAUGUCUCUGAAGAGAAACCCAGUGACAGAAGCUUAGCAACUGUUAGAGUGGAUGUUCUAGCAGACAAUACCAGUAAUUACACUCUUCAUUCACAAGCAUCCCUCACGUUGCCCAAAAAGACCGUGGCCAGAAUGCUUGAAGAACCCUUUAUGGCUCCUCUCCAGCCACUUUCUUCUAACACACCUAUGUGGGCCUGCCGUCUUAGGAGCUGUGAGAAAAUUGGAGAUUCUUACCGUGGCUACUGUGUAAGUGAGACUGAAUUAGAAAGUGUCCUAACAUUUCACAAGCAGCAAACUCAGAGUGUUUGGGGGACCCGGCAAUCUCCAAGCCCAGCCAAGCCAGCUACACGCUUGAUGUGGAAAUCUCAGUAUGUUCCAUAUGAUGGAAUCCCAUUUGUCAAUGCAGGGAGUAGAGCCGUGGUAAUGGAAUGUCAGUAUGGGCCAAGGAGAAAAGGUUUCCAGUUAAAAAAAAUCAGUGAACAGGAAAGCAGGUCUUGUCAGCUCUACAAAGCCACUUGUCCAGCCCGAAUUUACAUUAAAAAGGUACAGAAGUUUCCUGAAUACAGAGUUCCUACAGACCCCAAAAUUGACAAGAAAAUAAUCCGAAUGGAACAAGAAAAAGCCUUUAACAUGCUAAAGAAGAACAUGGUAGAUGCUGGUGGUGUUCUUAGGUGGUAUGUACAGUUACCUACAAAACAAGCUCAUCAGUAUCACGAGUUAGAGACUUCCUGCCUUCCUUUGUCACCUUCCCCUUUUCCUGUGUCUUCUCUUGAAGAAGAGGAAACGGCAAUUAGGGAUGAAAAUUGUGCAUUACCUUCGCGUCUCCAUCCUCAAGUAGCACAUAAGAUUCAAGAAUUAGUGUCACAAGGAAUAGAACAAGUAUAUGCAGUAAGGAAACAGCUAAGAAAAUUUGUGGAAAGAGAACUGUUUAAACCUGAUGAGGUGCCUGAAAGACAUAACUUAUCCUUUUUUCCAACUGUAAAUGAUAUUAAAAAUCACAUCCAUGAGGUACAGAAAUCCUUGAAAAAUGGAGAUAAUGUGUGUAACUCAGAGAUUAUUCCAGCAACGCUUCAAUGGACUACAGAUAAUGGGCAUAUUCUCAGAGAGACUGUGACAGUUACAUUUGCAGAAGGAAAUUCACCAGGAGACUCAGUUAGCACCAAAGUGGAAACAAAUCAGACAAGAGGUUCUUUGUCUCCAGAACCAGCCCACUUGCUUUCUUCACUUUCCUCAUUUCAGCCAAAAAUAUUUACUCAACUGCAGGGUUUGCAGUUGCAACCAAGAUUCACUUCUUCUGAUGGAUCGCCAACUCUGAUAUCAGUAAAUAACCACCCUUCCUCCAGUCCUUCAAGACUUCUGGAUUCAUUAGAAAGACCAGAUCAAAAUCUGGCUGCAGUGGACCAGCUGGUGCAAGUUGGAGAUGUUGAGGAUACAGAGAAUAUGGAAGGAAGUGUGCAUCGGAUUCUGUUGGGAAAUGUGCAGACCAUCCCAAUACAAAUUAUAGAUAACCACCCAGCUAUUAGUUGUUUUGGAGGUAUUUUAAAGGAGCCAACAUUUGACGGUCAUGGAGGUCUUAUCAAAAUCUGGUCACGUUGGAAACAGCAUGCUUUUCUGAGGCCCUUUGAGCCUCCUACACAGGGUCUCUCCAAUGACAGUGGUAAGGUAAAAGUAUUUUCACAGGAAAUAACUGCAAUGCAAAAUUGAGCAAUGGAUGCUGGUAAAAUAAGUAGUUUCUGAAAUAAAGAAAAUAGUUGUGCAGUAAUAGAAAAAGUAGAGGACUAACUCUGCCACUUAGCUGAAUUAUCUCAAGUGAAUCACUUCAUUCCUCUGGCCCUCAAUUUCUUCAUCUGCACCCUGAGAGACUGAGGUUGAAUGAUAGAAUUCAGUGGUUAUAUGUAAGUGAUGAAUCACUGAAUUCUAUUCCAAAACCGUGUUAACUAACUUGAAUUUAAAUAAAUAAAUUGAAGGAGAAAAAAAAAAGAAUUCAAUGGUUCUGUGAAAUAGCUUGGCUAUAUGGAGCUAAGGA